AUGACCGAGGCUGGGUUAAACAGCCUGGCCCACGAAUGGGCCAAUACAGAUGUUAAUGGGCUUAUUAUCCCUGAAGAAUUACCUUCAAUCCUUUCACUUGUGUUUGCGAAUAUACCACCUGUAAAAAAAGGGACGGAUUCGCGGAUUGGUCUUGGCUUUAGACUUGGCGAACAUGCAGACUUUCAAACAAUUGUUGAACUUGGUCCACAAAAAGAAACACAACCAAUUGGCAACAGCGAAUCAAAAAGAAGACGACAAAUUGUUGUUGAUCAAGUAACGGAGAAAAACCCAAGAUCUCGGAAAAAGUCUACAAUAAAUUCUGACAAAAUAAACCACAAACAAGCAGAAUUCAAAAAAAUUGUUAAUGAUAGAGAAAAAGAACGUCCAGAUGGAAAUUGGUUGUUUAAAUGGAGUAGAGAAUUCGAGAAAACUAGAAGCUAUAAAACACCAUUAACACAAAAUCCAACGAUUCUAAACCUCAGGGUUAAUGUUGACAGUCCAUCUUAG